AUGAACUUUUCCAUAAAAGGACUAGCAUAUAACAUAGUGCUUUUUUUGUUGACACUUUGUGCCACAGUGACACUUCUCUUGGCAAACGUUGGAUCCAUAAAAAAGAACAAGGGGGUUACCUCAAUAUUUUUCCUUGAGUUGAACUUUUCCGAGGACAGCUUUUCUGAACUUGUGCCAACCGUUGGUUCAUAUCUGUCUACAACCGAAAAUAUAUAUACCUUUGGAAUGUAUGGAUAUUGCCGUGGGGAGUCCGAUGAAAACGAAUCGGACGAAGAUGAAACUUUGUAUGCCGUUGAUUUUACCGUUGACUCGUGCACAAACCCAAAGCCAAUGUAUGUUUUUGAUCCAGAUGAGUUUAUCCAAGCAGAGGUUCUAAACCAGACCGGAUACAAUCUCACAGAUUCCGAAAUAGAGCUCCCAACAAAGAUCGAUAAUUACGUUUCAACUGCAAGAAAUCUUUCCAAGGCCACUUACAUCACUUCAUGCAUUGCAAUCGGUCUGAACGUGAUCACUCUUAUCUUUACAAUUGUGAACUUCUUCAUCAAACCUUUGUUCAGUGUCUUUGCCGCCUCUGUUGAGAUGCUUGCAUUCAUUGCGGCUGUGCUUGCUUCUGGUUGCUCAACUGGAAUGUUCAAAUACAUACAGACUAGUUUCAACAACUCCUACAGUUCAUACGGCAUAAAGGCUGAAUUAUCAAGAAACUACUUGAUUCUCACCUGGCUCGGGACCGGCUUAAGUGCAGUUGUUUUCAUAAUAUUGGCAGUCAAUGGCUGUGUGGGUUGCUGCGGUCCUGCUUUUGGAAGAAUUGACAGAAGAGAUGUUGAAAAACCAAGUGAUGUUGAAAGUUCUAAUAUCGAUUCCGAAAAGAAGGAGUCAGCAGACAGCAAAUGA